AUGUCUUUUAAAACCAAAGAUGUUGUCCUAUCCCAGACUCGGCCGACAACUUUAUUAUUACAAAAACACGCAGACUACCUCGCAAGUUACGGGUUAAAUAAAGAUGAUUUUGAGUACUGCAUGACUGAAUAUCUUCGAAUGUCUGGUAUCUAUUGGAGCCUUACUGCUAUGGAGUUAAUGGACCAAUCAUCUAGGAUGCCUAAAGAUGAUAUAAUAGAGUUUAUUUCAUUGUGUCAGGACAGUGAAAGUGGUGGUAUUUCUGCAAGUAAUGGUCAUGAUCCUCACAUGCUUUAUACACUAAGUGCUGUACAGGUCCUAGCGAUGUAUGAUAGAUUGGAUGCCAUAAAUAUAGAUGGGGUAGUCAAAUUUGUGGCUUCAUUGCAACAAGAUGAUGGUAGUUUUUUUGGUGACAAAUGGGGAGAAGUGGAUACAAGAUUUUCAUUCUGUGCUGUGAUGACACUAUCCUUGCUUCAUCGACUUGAUGCAAUAAAUGUUAAUAGAGCAGUUGAUUUUGUCCUCAGCUGUAUGAACUUUGAUGGCGGUUUUGGAUCUAAACCAGGAUCAGAAAGUCAUGCUGGCCUUAUCUACUGCUGUGUCGGUACAUUGUCAAUAUGCAAGCGUAUGGAUGCCUUAAAGGUGGAUGAAUUAGCUUGGUGGCUUUGUGAACGGCAACUACCCAGUGGUGGACUUAAUGGUCGGCCAGAAAAAUUACCAGACUUGUGUUACUCUUGGUGGGUCAUGGCUUCGCUAUCUAUGUUAAACAGAAUUCACUGGGUUGACCAAGAAAAACUAGAACAAUAUAUUUUGGCUUGCCAAGAUUCAGAAACGGGAGGAUUCAGUGAUAGACCUGGAGAUAUAACAGAUCCUUUUCACACUUUAUUUGGGUUGGCGGGCCUUUCUUUGCUAGGAAAUUCUAGUAUUAAACAAGUAAAUCCCACAUAUUGUAUGCCCCAAGAAACCAUAGACCGCUUAAGUCUUUGUGUGUAUGUAUUUACCGCCUUUAUUUAUCUUGUAUACCACACAAAUCAAUUAUACACAACUCAACACAUAGAUUCUAAAGAUUAUGAUUAUGUAAUAGUAGGUUCUGGAACUGCAGGUUCUCUGAUAGCUCACAGAAUUGCAAAAGAAACCAAUUAUACAUAUGUUGUGAUUGAGGCUGGAGGAGGAAGUAAUCCACUUUUUGAGAUCCCAAUACUAGGUCCAAUGUUACAUGGAUCAGUUUAUGAUUGGCAAUAUGAAACUGUUCCACAAACUAAUGCAUGCCUUGCAAUGGAGGAAAAUAAAUGUAAAAUGACCCAAGGCAAAAUUUUUGGUGGCUCAUCAAAACUCAAUAACAUGAUACAUGUUAGAGGAAACAUUUCACAUUAUGUCAACUGGUUUCAUGGAAAAUAUACUAAAUACUACAUCAAGGAACAGUUUGAAUAUAUAGAAAAAAACAUAAUUCACCUUAAUCCUAUUACAUAUACUACUGAAUUGAGCAAUAACAUUCUACUUGCUGCUCAGGAACUUGGCUAUGAACUUAUAGGCAAAGAUUUUAAACUAGGUUUUUCCAAACCAACGGUUUCACAAGUUAAUGGAAAACGUUGGGCAAAUUCUGAUAACGUAGAGAACAAACAUGUACUGCUUAACACAGUUGUAGAAAAACUAUUAUUUAGAAAUAAGAAAUGUUAUGGUGUGCAACUAACUAAUAAACUUAGGCUAUAUGCUAAGAAAGGUGUAAUUAUAUCAGCUGGUGCAUUAAAUAGUCCAAAAAUUUUGCAAUUAUCUGGUAUUGGGCCAGCUGAAUUAUUAAAGUCAUUUGAUAUUCCUCUUUUAAAGGAGUUGCCAGUUGGAAAAAAUCUACAAGACCAUAUAGGAACUGGUUUAGACUUAGUACUUUUUAAUAAGUCACUUUCGGUCAAUGCAUUUAAUUGCUUUAAUCCAAUACACAUUUUUCAAUACUUUUUCCAAGGGCAGGGUCCUUUAACAACAACUGGCUGUGAGGUUGUUGGCUUUUUAUCAACGAAAAACCGUACUGAACCUGACAUACAGUUUAUGGUGUUGCCAGUUGGUAUUAGUGCAGACAGGGGUAGUCAUUUAAGAAAAACUCUUAGGAUAAAAGAUUAUGUAUGGGAUAAUUAUUUCACCAGAGUAUUUGACAAGCAUGCAUCUACAAUUUUAGCUUUAAUUUUACACACUAAGAGUAAAGGAGAAGUUUAUAUACAAAGUAGGAAUCCUGAAAUGCCUCCACUGAUUGAUCCAAAAUAUUUUCAGAAUAGAGACGAUGUUGACACUUUAAUAAAUGCUGUAAAACUCAUAAAGACUUUUGUAUUGUCUAAAAAAAUGAAAGCUUUUGGUGCCAUUUUAAAUAACAUUCCUUUCCCAGGAUGCGAGAGUCAUCUGUUCUUCUCCGAUACAUAUUUAGAAUGUUAUAUUAGACAUUUAACUUUAUCAACUUUUCACCCAGUAGGAACUUGUUCUAUGGGCUUGCCAGAUGGAAAUAACACAGUAGUAGAUACAUCAUUUAAAGUUAUUGGCUUAGACAAUCUGUAUGUAGUAGAUGCAUCAGUGUUGCCAACAUUACCUAGUAGCAAUAUUAAUGCAGCUGUUGCAAUGAUGGCUAACAUUUUCUUUGAAAAUAAUGUAAAACAACAGAGAAGGCUAAAUAAAAAUCUUUGCUUUCAAAGAUCUUUAUCAGAUAUUGUUAACAAUACAUGUCCAGUUGAUAAGGCAUCUUUAUGA